CAACAGCAAAGUCUGCACACACAAACAGCUCCAAGUCCGUGCUUACUUCAACACAAUGAUCUGCCUCGGCGUUAAUGGAUAAUCCCACCUUCGCGUGUCUUUUCUACGGCAUCUUCAAUCAUGAAACACGCAUAGGCUUUAAAUCGCUUCUCCCGCGUCCAGCCUCCCCGUGCACAGACAAGGACGGAGAUACGAGACGUGCGUACUGUCCAAACUAAUUGAAAACACGCACCGUGCAAAAGUGCAUUGGGCAGCAUGGCUAAAGAGACCAGAGCGAAUGCGAACCUUCGCAAGCUCAGCUCUUCUCACUGGCGCAUGCAGAAAAUCGCCCAGGAAUCUGUUGACAGCUCAGAUGAUGAGUUUUUUGAUGCCCGUGAGGUGCUGGAGGGUAAGACGGCCAUGCUCUUAGGAAUGAGUCAAUGGAACUCUAAUGAUCUUGUUGAACAGAUAGAAACAUUGGGCCACACUGACCAGACUCAGGAGAGCCUGUACCAUGUAAGGAGGCCAAAAUGUGUCACCCAGACCAGCAUUGAUGGUCUAGAGGAAGCUGAGAAUAAAUGUCAACACCAUGUGCUCGUGUUAGUGGUGCAUGGGGGGAACAUACUGGAUCCGGCGGGCGGCGAGCCAGGCGCGAAGGCUGCAGAUGUGAACACCCUGUCCUCAGUGCUGGAGAAAGUGUCCCAAGCACACUUUCAAGCUGCAGCCCAGCAUGUGGUCAUUAAGUUGGUGCCGUGCCCGGCUGUAUGUGCAGAGGCCUUCUCCCUAGUGUCCACUCUAAAUCCUUACAGCUAUGAUGAAAGUUGCGUGUCCAGCAGCGUAGAUCAUCUGCCUCUGGCUGCCUUACCUUUGCUCGCUAUUGCUGCUCCACACUACCAAGAUGCUGUGGGAACCGUAAUUGCCCGGGCCAACCAAGUGUACCACAGCUUUCUGCAGUCUCCAGAUGGACAGGGUUUCAGUGGGCAAGUGUGCUUGUUGGGUGACUGUGUAGGAGGUGUGCUGUGUUUCGAUGCUCUCUGUUUCAGCAACAGUCCACAACAUGGCAGCCUUAUCCACAAAAGCAGACAUAACAGCACAGAGAGCUUAAAGGAUAACCCUGAGGUCAGCCCGAGCCUGAGCUCCAGCAAGCGGCUUAGCAGAAGCAACAUUGACCUGUCUGCCCCCAGUGACUCCAACAGAAGGAGAACCCCAUUCAGCCGCAAACAAAGCGACUCAUAUGAUGGAGAUUCCUCAAGCAGCCAGAACCACCCUUUCCUUAGCAGUCGGAUUCAGGAUGAAGUGGACCAAAGACCAGGCAGCAGCACCAGUGUAGUGUUGAAUCCAGGUCGCUUUGACUUUGAGGUUUCGGAUUGUUAUCUGCUGGGCUGUCCUCUUGGACUGGUGCUAGCCAUGAGACGCACUGUGCUUCCUGCUCUCCAGGUGUCUCAGCUCCAGCCUGCAUGUUCUCAAAUCUUCAACCUGUUCUACCCCUCUGACCCGUCGGCCUCUAGAUUGGAGCCCCUGCUACACUCCCAGUUCCACAAAUUGCCUCCCUUCCCUGUUCCCCGCUACCAGCGCUACCCACUGGGAGACGGACGUUCCACCCUUAUCGUUGAUGACAUCCACAGCUACCCUGACAUGUUUUUGCAAGGCAGCACUGUUCCGGUGGGCGCCCCGCACUCCUCUUACCAGGCGGAAUGCACCGCAGGUGGGCAGGUGGGCGUUGAGGUCCGCAGGUCCAGUUUGACCAGCAUGGACAGCCAGUCGUCAGGCUGCUGGGAGAGCAGGCUGAGCAGCACCAUUGCCAACAUCUCCAGCAGCUGGUGGGGCUCUAAGCGGUUGGAUUACGCUCUGUACUGUCCGGACGUCUUGACAUCAUUCCCAACUGUGGCUCUGCCUCACCUGUUCCACGCUUCCUAUUGGGAGUCCACUGAUGUGGUCGCCUUGCUUCUGCGACAGAUGAUGCACUGUGACUAUGUAAAUACCCAAGAAAAGGACAACUCUGACUCUGCCCCCUUCUCCCCUUCCAGUCCGAGAGAGAAGUGGCUACGCAGGCGCACACAUGUCAAGCUCAGGAAUGUCACUGGCAACCACAGAGUUAAUGAUGUCAUUGCGACAGAGGAUGGGCCACAGACCCUGGUUGGUCGCUUCAUGUAUGGACCGCUGGAUAUGGUAACCCUGACUGGGGAAAAGGUCGAUUUGUACGUGAUGACCCAGCCCCAGUCGGGUCGCUGGGUACACUUAGACACUGAGUUGACCAGUAGUAGUGGCAGAGUGACCUACACCAUACCCAAAACCAAAAAGCUGGCUGUGGGAGUCUACCCCAUUAAAAUGGUUGUGAAGGGAGACCAGACAUGUGCAGAGGCCUUUCUGACGGUAUUGCCGCGGGGGAUGGAGUGUGUCGUCUUUAGCAUUGACGGUUCAUUUGCCGCAAGUGUCUCCAUCAUGGGCAGUGAUCCUAAAGUACGGCCUGGAGCUGUGGAUGUGGUCAGACACUGGCAGGACCUGGGCUACCUGAUCAUUUACAUCACUGGCCGUCCAGACAUGCAGAAACAGAGAGUUGUUUCGUGGCUAUCUCAACACAACUUCCCCCAAGGAAUGAUCUUCUUCUCAGAGGGAUUGGUUCACGACCCACUUCGCCAGAAAACCAUCUUCCUCAGGAACUUGGUGCAGGAGUGUCACAUUAAAAUCAACUGUGCCUACGGCUCCAUGAAGGACAUUUCUGUCUACAGCAUGCUUGGCCUCAGCCCCAAUCAGAUAUAUAUAGUGGGACGGCCCUCGAAGAAGUAUCAGAAUCAGUGCCAGUUCCUGAGUGAGGGCUACGCGGUACACCUCUCCUCCCUGCAGUUUAGUCACAGAGCGAGGCCCAAGAAGAGCUCCUCAGUGCGCAUGGUGCUGCGGAAGGGCUCCUUUGGUCUGUCAGCUAAACCGGACUUCCUGUGCAAGCGUACGCACCUCCGCCGCACUAUGUCGGUCCAGCAACCUGAUCCACCCAUCACUGCCAACCCUAAACCAGAGCGAGCUCAGAGCCAGCCCGAGACCGACGAAGACCCCGGGGGCAGAGGAGGAACAGGCCAGAGUGGGUGGGCAAGGGGGUCCAUGCACCGUGGUGACACCACUCCAUGACCAAAGUGAAGGAAAGGAUAUCUUGGUGGACAGAGCCCAGCAUUUUUACUUCCUCUCGGCCCUCUACGGAUAUUACACUACAUACUAAAAAGCAUCUUGCCUGAGAUGAUGAAAACUUCUCAGUGAAUGUCCCUCUGCUCAACAUGGGUCUGACUCAACAUACAGUAUAAACCUCGAUUCCUGACGUGUGAACUAUGUUUGAACAGCGGGAACAGAAGAGAAUUCACAGUCUUGUUUCCAAAUUCAAUUUCAUCAGACAUUUUUUAACCAACGGUUAUGCUCUGAAGAUAUAAGCAUCCUGUAUGUUGGAAGCUUCUUAUUGGUAUAUUUCGCAUCAUAUAUGCCUUUUGCAUUUGGAUUUCUGACACAGUGGGAUGUGAUUCUAAGGCGUAUCACCUCCCAUCAGGAUGAAGAGGAGAUCGGAUAAGAUCCUCUGAGAAAACAUUACAUUUUCAUCAAGCAUCUAAGCAAUACUCACAGUUGAGAGGAGAGGCCGAGUAACCUGCUGCUUGGACAGGUGGCAAUGCUGAUUCCUGCAAUAAUCCUUGUUUUAAUAUUGCAGGCAUUUGUCUGCUCUCUGGACGGCUGUCUGCAGGCCGCUUGUGGCUGUUGUGGCCGAUGGACUUGCAAAUUGUACAUGAACCUUUUUUACUUGUGUGACGACCUGACCUGAACUCUGUCGCCACUGUCUCUGUUAACCAUUCAUUCAGAACAGAAUCUGACAGAGAAGCCCCUGUGGUCUCUGGUACACCAUAGAAAAUCAGCAAUGGGAAUAACUGCAAAAGCAUAUUUACAACCCUCAAUGGUUUUUCUUGUGCACUCAUGUUGUAAAUAUAAGUGUCACUGAGAUGAAUUGAGUAUAUUUUGAUGUAUCUGCGUGUGGCAAUAGCUUAAUAGAGUAGUGCUUGUUUUUACAGGCCAACCAACCAUUGUAAAUUUGUAUUGUAAUGGUUUUAAGUGACUGUGGUUGUCAAUAAGUAUUUUGUCAUAAUGUUACGUUAAUCCGUUUAUCAGUAUGGCAUCUUAAAGUGUAAGUUACCCAAAAAUGAAAAUUCUCUCAUUAUUUUCAAACCAUUAUGCCAUCUCAAACUCAUAUGACUUUCUUUUUUCUGCAGAACACAAAGAUAUUUUGAAGAAUUUGAGGUGUUUUUGUCAAGGAAUCCAACACCUUUAAGCUCCAAAAAUAACUUUUAUAGGCAGCAUAAAAGUUAUUAAUAGGACUCAAGUGGUUUAAUCCAUGUCUUCUGAAGUGAUAUGAUAUGAGAGAAAAAGCUAAAGAAAACCACAAAUCUUAACUUCCGCCCAGCGAGAGCAUGCAAACGUGAAUUUAUCAAGAGCAAGAAUGCUUGAAAAAGCUUUUCUUGUGAAUGUGCAAAGGAGAGCUGGGCGGAAGUAAAGAUUUUUGUGAAUAAGGUUGGAAUUUUUGCUUUGUUUCUCACUCAAAGCUAUAAUAUUGCAUCAGAAGACAUGGAUAAAACCACUUGAGUCGAAUUGAUUUUUUUUUAUGCUGCCUUUUUGGACCUUGAAAGUUUUAAACCCCAUUGACUUACAUUGUAUGGACACAUAAUUCAUCCUUUAAAAUAUCUUUGUUGGUAGCAUUUUAAAAAUAAGGUUUUAUUCAUUAACAUUAGUUAAUGCAUUAGGUAUCAUGAACUAACAAUGAUCAAUAUACAGUAUUUUUACAGCAUUUAUUAAUCUUUGUUAAUGUUAGUUCAUAUAAAUACCAUUGUUCAUUGUUAGUUCAUAGUCCAUUAACUUAUGUUAAUAUAUACAACUUUGAAUUUUCAAAAUGUCUUACCAUAUGUUGAUAUUAACAUUAAACAAGAUUAAUAAAUGCUUUUAAAGUAUUGUUCAUUGCUAAUUCAUGUUAACUAAUGCUAACUAAUGUUAACAAACCUUAUUGUAAAGUGUUAUCUCUUAGUUUGUGUGUAAAGAAAGUCAUAUGAGUUUGAGAUGGCAUGAGGGUGAGUAAAUCAUAAGAAAAUAAUAUCCAUUUUGUGCGACCUACCGCUUUAAUGGGCGUUCACACAGACGGUGGUUUGCAGUGAUAGAAUUUGUUAAUGUUUCAGGAAAAUUGGCAAUUCAAUUGCAGUUGCACAAUCAGUACAUUUACAUGCACAAUUAUAAUCCAGCUACAGCAUUUUUUUUGCAUGGUCAAGCUGCGGUUUUCAUCUAUGUAUUCAUGACACAAUGCGUAAUCAAAUAUUUGAAUGACGGACUGCAAAUACGGCAGUUUAAAUAUACGACACGCUUCGCUGUCUUUCAGAUUAUGCACACAAUGAUGAGGCCAGUUCGAAGAAGUUGAGGUACAAUUUCAUUAUAUACAGCCCUUAGUUCGACUUCACAAAAAUCAGACUGGCGCAUGCUAACAUGACAUGACAAAGGAUGAAUUAUUGAUUUAGUCUGACUGAAAUGGAACUUUUCAAGACCAUGUAAAUGUACUAAGCAGUGCAGCAACUACCAGUUAGACCGUGACACUCACGUGAUCUGCCUCAUGAUCACUUGGAUACAGUGUGAACGCAUCUUUACACAAAUAGACAUUGAUAUUGCUUACAUGUCAAUUCAUCUCACAACGAGUAUGAUGGUCUUGUUGAAGAACAUACUGUACUAUAUUAGUAUCUUAUACUUGAGGAAAAUCUAGUGUUAAAAUAAAUGUAUGACUACUGUGUUUGAAAAAGGACAUUAAUCAGGCCCUCUAUAGGUCUGGUCUGUAUUUGAAAUUAGGGUGACUCAGCCUGAAGGUGUCCAUAGUUCUUGUAAUGUCACGCUUUCCUAUUGUAGUUACUUACUUUUGGUAUUUGUAUGGGGCUGUCUAUUGAAAAGUUUAUUUUACAAUUUGACAACUUGUAUAUUUAAAUGUAAAGGUUUGUAGUACCCUAAGAUUGGGUGAAAAGGACUUGAGUGUUUUGGUUUGUGUGGGUUUGUAUUUAUGUGUGCAUGUUCUUAUGCAAGUCUUAGCAUAUUUCAAAAGGUGAGUGUUUGUUUGGAGAUUUUUGUAUUUUAUUGUACAUAUUUGUAAUUUAAAAAUUGUGGCCUUUGCUUUCCCCACAUGGAUCGUUGGAUAUUUAAAGUUAUAAACUGAGCCUGUAAUUUGUGUCAGUGGAACUACGACCAUGGAGAUUUUGUAGACACACUCUAUUUUUAAUUCUUAUAUGUGUGAUCAUUAAACAAGGUGUGGAGCAUUGUUAAAUGAACACAUUUUCAGCCUUAUCACUAUGUAUAUUCACUUAUAUUCUCAGAUGGUGUGUGAUUAAAGUAUAUUUGUAUUUAAAAAAAAAUGUUCCACAUGUAAAGUAAAUAUUCAGUGUUUUGCAACAUACAACUGCGCUAAUGGGAAGCAAAAAAGGCCUCUUGGCAAAAUGUAUAAUUUGGGUAUUUGGUCCAGUUGGUCUUUUUCAGUGGAUGUGCUUCUGUUGGACCUGCUCCAAACUGUAUAAACAAAUAUGCUUCAUUCUCAGUCCUUCAAUAAACCAGUCAGUAAA